AUCAAGGGAGCUGGGGCAUCAAUUGAUACCUUCACCUCGCCCAAAAUGUUUGCGAUAUCAAGGCGGAGCUGCCUCCGUGAGGUGCUAUCUGCAUCGACUGUCUCUGUUUCUCCGCCGCCUUUUCUCCUACCUGCUUUUCAAAGCGCCCCCAGCAGCCGGUCGUUUACCUCGUCCUCACCAUGCAUGUCGCAGGUUGGAAGGACCCCAAUUUCACUGCCGCCCGGCGUUUCAGUUACAAUCUUCGAGCCACCGGUCCCCAAGGCGAAGACGCGGGUUUUGCGGACGGAACCAGAAACAAAGGUAGAGAUUGAGGGUCCAUUGGGCAAAGUGAGCAUGACGCUGCCCUCGUUCAUCAAUCUGGAGCAGGACCUUCAGGCGAGAAAGGCUCUCAUUAGAGUACAAGAUUCCAGUAUUCGACACCAGCGCGAGAUGUGGGGUACCACGCGCGCGUACCUUCAAAACCAUAUUCUCGGCGUUUCGGAAGGCCAUACUGCUAUUUUGCGUCUUGUCGGAGUUGGAUACCGUGCAUCAGUCGAGCCUUCUGCGGUGACCGUUUCUCCCGAAUACGAGGGCCAGCAAUUUGUCUCUCUCAAGGUCGGAUUCUCUCACCCUGUUGAGUUGGGAGUACCAAAGGGCGUGACAGCAAGCACGCCGCAGCCUACACGCAUUCUGCUCGAGGGACCAGACAAGGAAAUAGUCAAUGAGUUCGCGGCAAAUAUUAGGGCGUGGAGAAGACCGGAGCCUUACAAGGGCAAGGGCAUUUUCGUCAAUGGAGAGACGAUCAAGCUCAAGGCGAAAAAGAUUAAAUAGAUAACGGCAGCAUUUUGGCCCAGGGUAGGUUGGGUCUUCGAUUUUUGUACAAUAGUCUCCUGUGUGUAAUUUACUUUUAUUUUUCUGCUCUGGGAUUGUAGAGCGGCUAAAUUUAGAUCAAACAUAUCUAUUUGGCUCCCAG